GCCAGGUGUAAGGUGUUGAAGGAGGGCCCUUUGGUGUUGAGUUGAAACAAAAAACUCACCCACCGUUAAAACGUUUGCACACUUUUCUCCUUUCUCUAUUCUUCUCUUCUCUCCUCUUCGCUUCCAAAACCCUAAUCAAUCAAUCCUUCUUUUCUGGUUUGGGUUCGCGAAGGGUUUUGAUUUUUCGGCGGCGGAAAAUCUUGGUAAAAAUUCGUCUUCUUAACCAAAUAAAAAAGAAAGGUUUUCUUCUUUAAAGUUGGAGGGUUGGGUCUGAUGAGAAUUGUUAGGGGAAUGCAGAGAUCGCUUUGCGAGGAAUACUACUGCUGCUGCAACAAAGAUUCGUUCUUCCCAGGGGUUGGCAUCACUGCGCCCAAAGCCAGAACCCGCGACAAACUAAUCAUCCAAACCCUCUGAAAAUUCAUCCAAAAUUAGGGUUUGUGUUGCAUUACGGUACGGUGUGAAUUGAAAUGACUCGCGUUUUGGUUCAGAGGGGUUCUUCCGGUGGUGGUUCGACUUCGUCCAACCCGAACCGGAGUGGUGGUGGGUCUUCUUCUAAUUCCUCGGCGCGGGCGGAGCCGCAGGUUCCGGUUUUGCCGGUGAAUAGCGACGAGGUUGUUGUUGGUGUUGUGUCGGAUGAGGUUUUAGAGAGUGGUGAUAAGGGAAAAAGUGACGAGAGUGUUCAUUUUGAGCAGGGUGAUGGAUCGUGUGACGAUGGCGUGGCUGCUGCUGUUGUUGUUGAGAGUGAUGUUAGGGAGGAGAUUGUGAAGGGGUUGAGUGGGCUUAGAGUUGGUGAAAGGGUUGUUUCGGAGAGUGAGGUUUCGAGUGGGGAUUCUUCUUCCCUCCUUGUUGGUGGUGGUGGUUCGUGUCCCCCGCCGCCUCCUGUGCCGCCUCCCAAGCCUUCCGUGACGGGGAACUUGAAUCCGAGGAGGAGUGUGUCCGGGAGUUUGAAUUCCGGCAGUGUGGGAUCCUCGAGGAGGGCGUGGCCGGUUGUUUCGGCUAGGACUUCGCCUGUUGGGUCUAGGCCGUCUUCUCCCAGGUCACAUAAUGAAAGUGAGGGGUACAACAGUGCUGAUGAGCAGAAGCCUUGCCUGGUUUCAUCUUAUGAUGAUUUUGAAAGGGAGCGGCAGUUUGAAAUUGAUAUCAGAAGGGCAAAAGGUUAUGAAGUCAAAAAAAUGAUGGAGGAUGGAAAUUGUCUUUUCCGAGCUGUUGCAGAUCAGGUGUAUGGGGACUCUGAAGUGUAUGAUUUGGUCAGACAGAUGUGCAUAGAUUAUAUGGAGCGAGAGAGAGAUCACUUUUCUCAGUUUAUAACUGAAGGCUUCACAUCUUACUGCAAGAGAAAAAGAAGAGAUAAGGUCUAUGGAAACAAUGUUGAGAUCCAAGCCAUGUGUGAAAUGUAUAAUCGUCCAAUUCACAUAUACUCCUACACGACAGAACCUAUCAAUAUCUUUCAUGGAAGUUACAACACUGACACGCCACCAAUACGAUUGAGUUAUCAUCAUGGGAAUCAUUACAACUCCCUUGUUGAUCCACGGCGCUUGACAAUUGGUGCUGGGCUUGGGUUCAGCAGUCUUCGUGGAACAAAUGUUGACAAAGAUAAAGUCAAGGCUGCUAUUAAAGCUCAACAAGACCAACAGAUCAAUAAUGCCCUGUUAGCCGAGGGUCGGUUUUACUCUGAUCUUGAGCUCACAGAAAAGGAAAUUGAACGCAUGGUGAUCGAAGUUUCUCGAGCUGAGUACCUUGCAGAUAGUGCAUUUAAGCAACAGCUUGGCAAUAGAGAAUCCUCUACCUCAAAUGCUGAACCAUCAUCUUCUGGAGCAAGAUCAUCGGGCACUGAUCGCAAGACGGAACAUGGGAGAGAGCAUGGUUCUGAUCUUAGUAGCGGUAUGCAGAUGUUACUAUCAAUGGGAUUCAGUUACAUGCAAGCGAUUGAGGCUUACAGCAUAUUUGGGGACGAUGUUGAUUCAAUGGUUUGUUACCUGUUAGAAACCGGCAGUAGCAGCAGACGUAAAGGCAAGGCCACUGAAUGACAUGCCAUCAAGUUAAAUAAAUAUCUAUAUCUAUAGUUUUUGAAUUGCAACCAAAUCAGUUAAAUAAAUAACCCUGUAUCAAGCUACUUACUCUGUAGUUUAAUUUGGUAUCUGGCAUAUUUAUGACGGAUAUAGAAAGAAAAAACUGAGCAAUGAUACAAUUUUAUUUGGCUAAUGAUUGCAGGUCAUUUUAUAUUCAA